AUGGAAGGGGGAGAGCAAAAAGUUGCAUCAUUUCCUGAUGCGCCGCCCAAACCCAAGGACGACGACAUCCCCGCCGCCGCCAAGUCCCUCACCAUCAAGACCGCCGCCAAUGCCGGCGGCUCCGACUGGCCGAGCCCCGUCUCGCCCUACCUCGGCUCGCCCUCGCCGCCGUCCUCCGCCUUCGUCUCCGCGCUGCAGUCGCCCUACAUCUCCCCUCGGAUCGCCGAGCCUCCUCCUCCUCCUAAUCCCCAGCCGCCGCAUCGAGGAACCAAGGUCUCCCGGACCCCCGCGCUGCCCUCGCCGGCGCCCCGCGGCGCCGGAGGGUUCCGGUCGGAGGACACGGACGCGCCGACGAGCGCCUCCCGCACGCCGCCGUCGGACCGCGGCUACGACUCCCGGUCCCAGGGCGCCGACCCGCGCCGGCGGUCCUCCGACGGCGGCCCCGCGCCGCGGGUGUCCUUCUCCUUCCCCGUGCCGCGCGUCUCGCUCACGCGGGGCGCCGUCGCGUCGCCCAUGUCCAACGGCAAGCUCCGGAGCUGCGACGUCUACAUCGGCUUCCACGGCCAGGGGGCUGCCCUCGCCAGGUUCUGCCGGUGGCUCAAGGCAGAGCUUGAGCUGCAAGGGAUCGCCGCGUUCACGGCCGACCGGGCCAGGUACUCCGGCGCGCACAGCCAUGAGGUCGCAGACCGCAUCAUCUGCUCGGCGGCUUUCGGCAUCGUGGUGGUCACCACGUCCAGCUUCCUCAACCCGUUCGUCCUCGAGGAGAUCCGGUUCUUUGCUCAGAAGAGGAACCUGCUGCCAAUCUUGUUUGACACCAGGGUGUCAGACAUCGCCGGGCUGUUUGAUGGCAAACCUGAAGAUAAGGAGGGGAUGGAAGCUUUGGACGGCCUAAUGCGGUGCCAUGAGCUGAAGCUCGAGACAGAUGAGAGCAGCUGGAGGAGGUGUGUGUCGACGGCGGUCACCGUGCUGCAAUCGAAGCUUGGCCGGGGUACAAUUGCUGAAAAGGAGAGCGAGGGAACUGAGGGUUUGCCAUUUCCGCGCAACAGGCAUUUCAUUGGAAGGGAGAAAGAGCUUGCUGAGAUCGAGGGAAUGUUCUUCGGUUGCGCCGGCGAAGUCGAAGAUGUGGAGUGCCCAGGGGGCAGCACCAUGCCUAAUUGUGUAUCCAGUGGUGUGUCAGAUGGAGGAUUUGCUGAUGAGGACAGUGACAGGGUGAGGACAAGCAGUGGCAGGUUUGGCAGCUUGGAGUUGCACAAGUGCAAUCGGCCUAUGUUGGAGCCAUCGGUUGCUCCGGCGAUCGAUCUGUCGGCUGCGAAAGGGAUCGGUCUUCUGAAGCAGAGAUCAAAGCUCAGGAAGUCAAGAUUCAGGUGCAACAGCAAGGAUCAUGGCAAUGGCAAUGUGGUCUGCAUCAAUGGCAUUUCAGGCAUUGGCAAGACGGAGCUGGCAUUGGAAUUUGCGUACCGGUACUCACAGCGGUACAAGAUGGUAUUGUGGAUUGGAGGCGAGGCAAGGUACCUGAGACAGAACAUACUGAAUUUGUCGGGGUAUUUGGGACUGGAUAUCAGCGCCGAGGCUGACAGGGAGCACGGCAGGAUCAGGAGCUUUGAGGAGCAAGAGUUGGAUGCAUUUCAAAGGGUGAAGAGAGAGCUUUUCAGGGAUGUGCCCUACUUGCUCAUAAUCGAUAACCUCGAGAGCGAGAGGGAUUGGUGGGAAGGGAAGGACCUGCAAGAUUUCAUUCCUAGAAACACUGGAGCAAGCCAUGUCAUCGUGACAACACGGCUGCCGCAUUUCAUGAACCUUGAGCCAAUUCAUCUUCCGCAGCUCUCGUUUCAUGAUGCUAUGGUCCUGAUAAAGGGGAAAAAGAAGAAGGAUUACCCUCCUGAGGAACUGGAAGUUCUGAAGAAAUUCGAUGAGCAGCUGGGGCGAGUCAGCUUCGGGCUGUGGCUUGUUGGUUCACUGUUGUCCGAGUUGAUGAUAGACCCCGGUAUUCUUUUUGAGGCUGUCGAGCGGGUGUUGUUAAAUGAGAACAUGAUUGUGCUCUGUUCUGGUGAUGACAACUUAUGGCAGAACAAUUUGUUUCUGAUCAAGGUAUUAGUCUUCUGCUUUGCAUUGAUGAACCAGGUGAAAGGAGGUGGUCUUGCCUUGAGGAUGAUCACAGUAGGUUCUUGGCUAGCUCCAUCGCCCGUGUCGUCAACCCUACUAGCUGCCAUGGCCAGUAAGCUGCCAACAAAAACCAAUAGCAUUCAGCUGUUGAGUGAAUCACUUAAGGCGGCACUCUUGUGCGGCACACACUGCUUUCUGCAGCCACAGGCAAGGAAAGCUGAGGUGGAGUCGGCACACUUGCUGGUAAAACUUGGCUUGGCGCGGAAAACAACUCAGCGUCCAGGUUGCUGGAUUCAGUUUCACCCGAUCGUGCAGAUGUUCGGCAAGAUCAGCGGCAGUCUGGCACCGGCAUCCGCAGCAGUAUCUGGUGUCAUAAGGACCGGCAAUAUGUCUAUCUACUCAGACCACAUGUGGGCUAGUGCAUUUCUUCUGUUUGGCUUCAAAUCAGAGCCUCCUGUGGUUCAACUCAAGCCGGUCGACCUGGUGCUCUUCAUCAAGAAGAUAGCACUGCCCCUGGCAAUCCAAGCGCUCAUGGCAUUCUCGCGCUGCGGCUCGGCCUUGGAGUUGCUCAAGGUGUGCACCAACAUCCUCGAGGACGCGGAGAAGUCGGUCGCGUCACGGAUACAGGACCUGAAGCAGGGAUCGCUGUGCUGGAAGAAGAAGCUGCGGGCGGACAACCAUGCCGACGAGUUCAUCUGGCAUGAGAUGGCACUGCUGAAAGCAACGCUGCUCGAGACGAGGGCGAAGCUGCUGGUGCGAGGCGGGUUGUUCGACAGCGGGGAGGAGCUGUGCAGGACCUGCAUCAGCAUCAGGACGGUCAUGCUUGGCCACGACCAUGCCCAGACAUUGGCGGCUCAGGAGACGCUCGCAAAGGUGGUUAGAUACAGGAGCAAAAUCUGA